UGGGCAGGAAGAGGGAGAAUAGCAGCGAACUCGGGCUGGGCCAGGCCAAGGCUGCUGUAACUGAGCCAGUCAGCUGGACUCGUUUGGUGCUACCAGGGCCAGGCCAGGCUCGGGCAGACAGGAGCAAGACCAUGGUGGGGAAGCUGCGGCCCACACUGUUGACACUCUAUGCUGUCUGGGUGACCGUCGAUGCCAUCUAUGUGGAAACCCCGCAGGAUGUUGUCCGGGAGGCCCGGGGAAAGAGCGCCACACUUCCCUGCACCUACCACACUUCUGCCCCUGACAGAGACGGGUUUAUCCAGUGGGACAAGCUCCUACGGACUCAUACGGAAAGUGUGGUCAUCUGGAAGUUUGAGACUCAAGACUACAUCUAUGGCAAGCUUUAUACCAACCGCGUCAACAUUUCGGGCAGUGCCAGGCAGUCAGACGCCUCCAUCACCAUCGCCCAGCUGACCAUGGAUGACAACGGCACCUACGAGUGCUCUGUCUCGCUGAUGUCAGACCUGGAGGGCACCUCCAAGUCCCGCGUCCGCCUGAUGGUCCUCGUGCCACCCUCCAAGCCGGACUGCAGCAUCGAGGGAGAGACAGUGAUUGGGAACAACAUCCAGCUGACGUGCCAGUCUGCAGAGGGCUUCCCAGCCCCGCAGUACAGCUGGAAGAGCUACGACACCCAGAACCAGGAGCGGCCACUGGUCCCACCAGUCUCAGGCCAGACCGUCCUGCUGAAGAACAUCUCCACGGACAUGUCGGGCUACUACAUCUGCACCUCCAGCAACGAGGUGGGGACGGAGGCCUGCAACAUCACUGUGGCUGUCAGACCCGCCUCCAUGAACGUGGCGCUGUAUGCGGGCAUCGCUGGAGGCGUGGUGGCCGCCCUCAUCAUCAUUGGCAUCAUUGUGUACUGCUGCUGCUGCCGGGGGAAGGGCGAAGAGGUGGACAAGGAGGACCCGAGACCGAACCGGGCGGCUUACCAGGAGCCACCAGAGCAACGGAGAGAGCUUUCCAGAGACAGGGAAGAUGAAGACGACGAUCCCAGGCGUGAAGACCAGAGGAGCUCAGGGCGCGAGUCCCCUGACCGUGCUGGCCAGUGAUGUGCUGCUGCAACUGGGGUACAGGAAGGGUCGGGCACAGCCUCCUGCUUCCUGGCCGCCGUCUCCCCAGGCCCGUCUGCAUCCUCCAGCCCAGGCAGGGUGGGAGUGCUUCCUCCCGAGGCCUGCUGUGGGGGCCCGGCGGGCCUGGCAGAAGGAAUCCCACCUGUGACCAACCCUAAAAAGUGACCCUGCUCACUGCCACACCUAGUUCAGGGUCUGCCCCUAGGCCUGGACCAGACCGCAGCCUCCACCCACUGAGGCUGGCAGGAGCUCCUGUGGGCCGGCCCUGCAAGGGUGCCCGGCACCUAGGGGAGCACCCAGCAGAGGGUUGCACUUGGCACAUUUUUGCUGAAAGAAUGAAAGAAUAAAUGUGCACGUGAAGGACUCCAUUUACCUGGCCCCACAGCCCACUGCUUGCCCGGGUCCCACCGUCCGGCCGUCGGCCUCCAGCUACCCCAUCCUCAGCUGGGGCUGCACGUCUGCCUCCUGUUGCACCGGAGUAGGAGUGUGGACGGCGGCCCAGGCCUCACCCGCUGCCGCUUCCCUGGAGCCCCUGCAGCUUAACUCAGAACCUGCUUUGGAAGGUGCACUUCCCUCUCUGUCCUGAUGGCACCAUGUGCCCAGGGAUGACUCCCCCGCCCACUUGUUGGCAAGUUGACCGACUGAUCUAAAAUGAACACACACAAGCUCACAGAUGGUACAGGGGCCUGUGUCUUGGUGGCUCCCGGGAGCGGCGAGCCCACGUCUGCCUCCCAGCCCACGUGCAGCUCCUGCCAAUGCCUCAGCCUCGGCCCUCCCAGCCCACUGCCCUGCCUGGCUGCCUGUCUCGCUGCCCAGUGGCUGUUAUCAUCCAAACUCAGUUUACUACUAAACAAAUAUGGAUGUCUUAUCUGGAUGACCAGAACAGCAAAUGCAUAACUCUGCCGUCCCCUUGUGACUUUCUUAC